AUGUACAGACCAGCAAAAGGCCUCUUCUUUGCCAUUUGCUAUCCCAUUCUCGCUCUUAUUGGUGUCCCUGCCAACCUGCUGGGGAUCGUAAUCUUAUCCUCAGGACAGUGCGGACUCUCCCAAUACAUCACCUGCUAUCUGGUGGCGGUAGAAAUAAGCGAUUCCCUGGUCAUCAUCACCGCUGUUAUCCUUAACCGGAUCGGCCGCAUCUACUUUCAGGGCAGUGUCCUGUCCACCACUCCCGCAUGCGCACUCAGCAAUGUGCUGGUCUGUGCCACGCGGGAUGUGUCAGUCUGGCUGACGGUUGCCUUCACCAUCGACCGUUUCGUGGCCAUCUGCUGUCAGAGCCUGAAGACCAGAUACUGCACUGAGAAAACUGCGUUGUUGGUUAUAGGACUGGUCAGCGCCCUGAGCUGCGCCAGGAACGUCCCUUUCUACCUCAAUUACCAGCCUUUGUAUAUUCUAGAUGGGGCACCGUGGUUCUGCAGCAUGAAGCCCAUCUAUUACACCUCGCUCAUCUGGCAGGCCUUCGAGUGGCUGGAUCACUUCUUAACCCCCUUUCUCCCUUUCUUCCUCAUUCUACUGCUCAACGCCCUGACCGUAAGGUACAUCUUAGCGGCCAGCAGAGCCCGCAGGAGGCUCCGGGACGCCGAGAUUCAGGGAGACCAGGAGAUGGUCAAUCGCAAGAGGUCCAUUGUCCUGCUUUUUGCCAUCUCGCUCAGCUUCCUCCUCCUGUGGGCCACCUAUCUCGGACAUUUCCUCUACGUGCAGAUUACAGGCGAGGGCUAUCUCACCAGCCUGGACUUCAAUCAUCCAGAUUACAUCCUCCAGGAGACAGCCAACAUGCUCCAGUUAGUCAGUUCGUGCAACAACGUUUUUAUCUACGCGGUGGCCCAGAGCAAGUUCCGGGAAGAGCUGAGGAAGGUGCUGACGAGUCCCUUCACCACGGUCACUGGUUGUUUUAAGCAGUUAAAUCACGGCAAAACGCCCUCACGUUAA